GCGCGCGCCGAGGACGACGGACUUCCCUCCCUUUCCCUCCCGCCCCCUCUCACCCCCUAGGCCAAUCGCCGCCAGCGGCUUCACGGCGCAGCCGCACGGGAGCCGGAGACAGGAAAGGCUGGCUUCGGCUCAAGUGCCUCGUAGCAGCGAGGCGUGUGCGCACCCCGUCUCGCCCGUCCUUCCAGCCGGUGCUCCACGCAGCCUCCCGGCGCUCCCUCGCCACAGGCCCCUCCCACCCUGUCACCACCCUUAUUCCCGUCCGACCCGAUCGCGCUGUCGUCGCAGGGGUCACUGUCUAUACGUGCAGCCGCUUCCACCGCCAGAGGGAAAGCAGGGAAGCUCUCGCAGCGUGAAUGCCUACUGGUGAUGUUCUUUCUGGUUAGUCAACAAAAGGGCUCUCCAAAACUAAGGACUACGGUAACCCUGGUUCUCCUUUUCCCUCAGUCCUUCAACGUCUACCCAGCAACAGACACCCUGGCCUCGCCUUAUUGGUCCGCUUGAAUCGCCAUCUGCAAUCCUGAUUGGUCUCCCAAGAUCUCUCGGGUUUUUUCCAAUUGGCCAAGCUGCCAGGGGAUUUCCCCGCCCUCCUUGCGCGCACCCCCUCCCAGUCCCGGGUUGGUUCGCAGGGGAGGCUGGAGAGGCGGGGUCGUUUCUGCGGGAUUACUUUUCCGGGGCCGCUCCUGAUUGGGCGGCGUGGAGCAAUGCGCGCGAUCCAUUAGACACCAAACUGUCUGGGGAACCGACCCUGCGCUCUUCGUGCUCCCGGCUCGUUACGUGGAAGCCCUUCCGGGAAACUUGGGGUUUGGCCACUUGCAGGGGCGAGGGGCUGGCCGCCGGGCGUAGGGAACUUGCAGCUGGGCGGCGCUGCGGCCGCGUCACCCUCGGCAUGCGGUUGGGGUGCACGGACAGCACUGAUCUCGGUUUCCCAGCUCCUGGCCCGGAGGUCAACAAAUGCUGGCUGUAGCUGCGGUCCCUUUUUCACUUCCCAGUUUUCCUCAAGAGCAAAGGGCGACAAAGUUAUGGAGAAGCGCCUGCAGGAGGCCCAGCUGUACAAGGAGAAAGGGAACCAGUGUUACCGGGAAGGGAAGUACCGAGAUGCUGUGAGUGGGUACCAUCGAGCUUUGCUGCAGCUGCGGGGUCUGGAUCCAAGUCUGCCCUCCCCGAUACCUAAUCUGGGACCUCAGGGCCCAGCCCUCACACCGGAACAAGAAAACGUACUGCACACCACCCAGACAGACUGCUACAACAACCUAGCUGCCUGUCUUCUUCAGAUGGAGCCAGUAAACUACGAACGGGUGAAAGAAUACAGUCAGAAAGUCCUAGAGCGACAGCCUGAUAAUGCCAAGGCCUUGUAUCGGGCUGGAGUGGCCUUUUUCCACCUGCAGGACUAUGACCAGGCUCAGCACUAUCUCAUGGCUGCUGUCAAUAGGCAGCCAAAAGACGCCAAUGUCCGGCGGUACCUUCAGCUAACACAGUCGGAACUCAGCAGCUACCAUCGGAAAGAGAAGCAGCUCUACGUGGGCAUGUUUGGUUAACGAAGAAAGCUACCCCUCCACUUGAACUUAGGUGAACCAUUAAAGACCCAUCGAGGGGAAACCUGAGCCUCAGCAAGAGCAAUUAGCCCCACACCUCUGACCGAGGUGAACUUCAGUUUUGUUUCUAGUUCUGCACAAACUCUUUGUCACUUACAUAGUCUGUGUCUGUUUUUGUUUCUCCAUCUAUGUAUUUAUACAGCUUUUAAUAUAUAGUAUUCUUGGGGACAUUUGCCUUGAGAAAUACAACCAGAAAACAUUCAUCAGCUGUGGGUGGAAUUAAUCAUAUCUCUGUCAUAGAUGUUAAUGAUAGAUGUUGUUAGAUGCAGUCAUAUACAAAGGAGAAGUCUAGCAGAGGAUGAAGUAAUAAGGGUAGGCAGAAAGGAGUUUCUUCCUUCACUUCCUCAGAUACCCAAAGCCAAACUUACAUAGACCACAAACUGGCAAAUAUAUACUGUGAAACUAGACCAUUAUAAAUUGGACCCAUACAGCUCAAGAUGAAAGAUUUGAAAUUAACCAUCUUGAUUAAAAAUAAUUCCUUUUUCUUCAUGUUCCACAUACAUUCAGAUUCUUUUUCUGCCACAAAAGUCUCUAGUUCCUCUUGUUUCUCUUGAUAAUUUCCAGUCCUUGCUGUUGUUCAAUCUUAAAACCUCUGGAGCCAAGCAUUUAAGUAUAUAUUUUAUAAUCUUAAACGCCCUCAUGCCAAAAAAAACCACUCAUAAACAUUUUAAAUUUUAAUAGGUGCAUAUCUAUAGUAUGCUCAUUUUUCUAAAAAAACAUGGGAAAGACAGUUUACCAAGUCUUCUAAAAACAAUACCAUAAAAGAGCAGGAUAAAAACAUACAUUUGUUCUUUACCCGUCACCUUGUAUUUUGCAAGAACUCCCUUCCUUAAAGAGGAUGGAAACAGUGAGGAAAGGUUCUCUUUCCUUAGUGCCUUUUAAGCACCGACAAAACUUUCUGGAAGCUUUGUUGGGCAUGGUCGCAGGCUGCAGAUCUGGUGCAGUUGUGGCUCAGUAGGAGGCUUCAUCAACCGGGAGCUCCUCUGUCAUCCUGCACACUUGUUAUAAUGUCCACAAUGUAUGAGCUUUACAGAGUAAAUGAGACCAUUAAUAGCACUGCCUCUGCCUUUAUGAGUGAAGGUAAUAAGCAUGUGCCAUUAGCCAUCAUAUAACCACAGACAGAUUUCAGACAAAAACCCCUUAGUCUUGCCAAGUGUACACGAGCUCUUCUCCCUUUAUCAGUAAUGCAUCUCUCUCAACGAGCUAGACCCUCUUUUGGUCUCCUAUACCUUUAAAUAAUACAACCAUCAACUUACAGACAGAAAGUUUUUAUACCAAAUAAUCUUUUAAGUCCAAGGACAGAACUAACAAAAUAUUUUAGAGUAUUUCAUUCCCCUUCCCAGCUUCUGAAAUUUCUAAGCCUAGACUGUUGCUAAAUCAUGUCAUGGUUGUACGUUGUAUUUGUUUAGGGCAGUUUUUGCUUUCUGAUUUUCUUUUCUUUUUUUUUUUCCCUAAGACUUGAUGUUACAGUAAGCUAUGUCGUGCAUCAAUGAGGAAAAAAUAAAGCUGAUUUUAAAAAUG